UCUUACACUGCAUUUAUACUCAUAAAAACUGUUCUCAGGCAUAGUCAUAGUUAUUUACGAUUCAGUUACAAUCAUGAAAUUGUUAAUUCGAAUUUUCGUGCUGUGGGGUCUUUCGACAUUCUAUUUAGAAGCUUCCGAAUUCCCUGACGACGUAUUUUUGUUUCUGCCCUUUUUGAAGAAUUUCGAAUCUCCUCCUCCUUGCCCAGAGAAUGAGAUGUAUAGACAUUGUCUCACCAACUGCUCUACUUGCGAAGAGAGAGGGCGGUGCGCCAUUCAGAGCUGUUCGGAUGGUGGUUGCGACUGCAUACCUCGUUAUUUUCGACUCACCCCAGGAGGACCCUGUCAGCCCGUCUCCCUUUGCCCGAAACCCGAGUGCGGGGAAAACGAGGUAUUUCGAGAAUGUGGUCCCCUGUGCGAGACCUGCGGUACUUACAGAUGCCGUGUCAUUCAGUGUGAUUACAAGUGUUACUGUAAGCAGGGUUAUCUUCGAGACAAAGACGGAAAGUGUGUGCCAGAGGAGGACUGUCCAAAGAGAACACACUGUUCUCGUGUGGAAGAAUGGGCGGAGAGCGGACCGGUAGACGAAUUUUGUAUGAGAGCUGAAUCAGCGACCGACUCCAAUGAAACUCAAGAAGUGGAACAAUGCUAUUGCAAGGAGGGUUACAAAAGGAACACAAUGGGGCAUUGCGUUCAUGAACGAUUUUGUGCAAUUAUUAUGUGUGUGGGUGAAGAAAUCUAUCAAGAAUGUGUUCCUAAGUGCAAUACCACUUGUCGCAAUUAUGGAGAUCCAGAUUGUCAGGAAGAUGGACAGUGCUAUCCCGGAUGCUUCUGUCCUCCAAAUUAUGUUAUGAGUGACAGUCGUUCCUGCGUACACGUGGAGGAAUGCUUCCAAAAUUCAACAACGGAAGAUCCCAUGGACACUAAUGAAGGAAAUGAAAAUAAUUCGACGACAACUACGGAAAUUACGUUUCAAAAGAAUGACGAUUCUGAAGACAAAACGUCAUUGGACACCCAACAAACAACCGUUAUGACAUCAGCCAAAGAAGAUACUACAACCAAUGAUUUCAAUACAUACUCAACACCUACUACCUUAAGUAGAACAGAAAUAACAACUAUUAGCAAUGUCUUUGAAACUUCUACUACUUCCAAAGGAUUGGACGAAACAACACCAAUACCAGAGAAUGACGAGGAAAAUAUUUAAAAACACUUUUUACAGUGUACUAUAACUUUAUGAACAUUUUAGUACUCUUCUGUGUCGAGCAGAAACUAGAACAACCACCAGCGUCUCAAAUUAUUCUUACAAUUAUGACACCACCAAAGAUGACGAGGAAGAUAACAUGAAGAUACGUUUUGUUACAUUCCUUUGUGUUUUAAAGGCAUUACAGCUUUCUAAAUAUUUUACCACUUUUUUUACGACUUACUGUGAUCAAAGUGUGCAUUUGAAACAAUUACCAUAAAUUACUGCGUAUUUUAAAGUUAAAUUCCUUAACUUUCUCAAAUCCUCGUUUUACCCACGGUUGCAGAAGAAGUACAUGGUGUGCAACCGUGUGGUGCAGAAUUCCGGAUACAAAUUCAUAAUUAACUUUCAGCUUUUAAUAUUUUAUUGUAGGAAGAAAAAAGAUUUGUAACUGAAAAAUCCCUAAUGAAUCUUGAAAUAGUAUCAUACUUAAAACGCUUUUAUUCUGCGUUAAAUGUUUUUAAAAAGUUCACGGAUGAAAUUAAACAGGAAUUCAUAAUGCAUAUUCUUGUUUCUUGCAUUUUAGAAAGAUAUACGUAAUGUACAAUUAGCAACCAUACCUUGGGAUAUAAAGUAGUAAUUAAUUUUGAAUUUUUAUGAAUUUUAUUUUUUAAAAAAAUUUUGUAAUUCUAAAAGUCACCAGUGUUUUCACGUGGCUUUAUAUAAACAUGUAGCAUGCUUUUAUUCUGUAUGAAAUUUUAUAAAACAAAUUUAUAUUGCAAUUAAAGAAGAAUGUAUAUCGUA